AUGGGCGUCUUCACCACGCGCUCGCUGCUGCACGCCUUGGGAGUGUCGCGCGGCGCGGGCGGUGGCGGCGCGGCGGCGAGCGCGCUGGCGGUGAACUGGGUGCUCAAGGACGGCGCGGGGCGGCUGGGGAAGAUGCUGUUCGCGCGCCACGGGAAGCGAUUUGAUUGCGAUCUGAAGCAGAUGCGAUUUCUGAGCAACAUGCUGCUUGAUUUUGGCUGCUGUGUCGAGCUCUGCACCAUGGCCGCCCCCAAGCUCUUCCUUCCCCUCGCCUGCAUCGCCAAUGUGUUUAAGAACAUUGGAGCGGUAACCAACACGUCCACCCGCGCGCCCAUCUACAAGGCGUUUGCUCGGCGAGAGAAUAUCGGAGACAUCACGGCCAAAGGGGAGAGCAUCAGUAACCUCGCUGACCUGAUGGGCACAGGAGCCGGCAUUCUCAUAGCAAGGAGCAACCCUCACCUUGCCACCACCUUUGCUCUCCUCUCCUGUGGUUAUCUCUUUGCAUCGUUCAAUGAGGUCAAAUCUGUGCAAGUGCCCACGCUGAAUCGCGCUCGCUUCGCUGUGGCGGUGCGCUCCUUCCUGGAAACGGGGCAAGUACCCUCCCUAGCUGAGGCCAACGCCAGGGAGCGCAUUCUCAUGCUGCCAUGGGCUGUUGACCGGCCCUUGGAGCUGGGCGCACGAGUGGGGGAUGCGUUCAGGAGCCCUGCUGACCUGCUCUCCUCGCAACGCAUCUUCAAGAACGAGCAGUACAUUGUGACGUACCGCCCAAGCCACCGGCGGGCAUACGUCGUCCUCAAGGAAGGAGCCAAAUCACGAGACGUGGUGCGGGCGGCCUUCCAGACGCACGUGCUGCUGCACCUGCUGCACCAAUGGCGGCAGGACACCUGUCAGCAGCCCCUGCUGACUCACCACCUCUCCCCAGACUCCUCCCCCAAAUCCUCCCACCUAUCCCCUAAAAACUCUCCCAAUGACCAAACUCCUAACUUCUUCAGCCCUACAGCCCUCACCUCAACCAUCCUCACCCCUACAGCCCUCUCCCCAACCGCUCUCACCAGCAGCAGCUCUCCAGGCAGAUGGGCGGCCAGGGAAAUCAGUCCCAAGGGCCCGCGGGCGUGGCAGCGAUCCCUCACAUCAGCAGAGGUGGAGCGGGCAGUGUCAGAGAGUCUAGAGGUCACUAGAACUCUGUUUGGGGCGUUCGAGGAGAGGGCUGCUGCUGAGGGAUGGACCAUGGCAGAUUCAUUGCUCAACCCUGGCAAGGCCCGCGUGCUGUCUGGCCCUCCGUCUGCCCAGCUGAAGCACCCUGCUGCUGCUGCUCUUACGACCGUGGCAGCUGCUGCUGGUAGUAACCAAUCAAAUGCCUCUUCUGUCGCGUCUGCUGCUGAUGGUUCUUCUGAACUCUCUCCCCCGCCGCUCUCUGCCAAAGGCCGGGUUGCUCUCAAGCCGUUUGCAGGUGCUGCUGCUUAG